AUGAGGAACCUUGUGUUCUCCUUGACACUUGUAGCAUGUGUUCUUGAAUCAGCGUUGUGUUUUGUCCCUAAGACUCUGGGAUCUUCAAAGGGGAUUCAAUCUGAAGGUAGAGAAGAUUCGCAGGGACACGGCAACAGGAGAACAACUGACGAGAAAAAUCGACGAUCGUUUGUGAAAGCCAUUGUAUCAGCAAUUGUUCCCCAAUUUUUGUGUGUGCAGAGGUCGGAAGCAGGAGAGGUAGGUGCAAGGAUCACCAAUGCCGUAACUACAAGCGAUCUCGGUAUAACUUUCAGGAGGGCUGUUGUUCGUGGAGCACAGACCAUGGAUCGGGUGGAUGGUAGCUGGGAAAAGUUUUCGGAUAGAUACAAUCUAGGCGCGGCUCGAUCAAAAGCAGACUCUCGGCCGACUCCAAAAGUGAUCCCGGAGCUACAAGCGUUGGACACGAUGACAGCCAAGCGAAUAUUGUACGUCUGUGACCAAGUGUUCUCCUCUAUCACCGGCAUUGCAUCAAGUACUCUUGCAGACCGGAUACAGAGGAUUGCAAAUGCAAUCAAGAUAUCCUUCCAGCGUUCAGGUGUCGAGAUUGAUGCCAACAGUCCACUAACCUUAUCAAAUGCAGCACAGUACAACUUUGUUAUGUAUGCACAUUUCAAAGCCUAUUCCGAGUUUAUUCUCGAAAAGAAUAUUUCAUUCCCAGCCUUUCGUCAAGCGUUUGAGGGAGUAUUGGGCCAAGAAUUGUUGAUCUUAUUUAUCCCAGAAUAUGUAAGCCAGAUAAAUGAUGAAAAGCUUUCGAGCAAGGAUAAACUGAAACUGGCAACGAAUGCGCUUGGUGCUUGGUGCAAGAAGUUUCAAGAGAAGGGUUUGCUUGCGGCAUAUGAGAUCGGAACCAUCGACGAUGAUGAUAUUAGUGAUUGGAUCGAUGGUAUCUCAGACUUGCAGUUCAACCUUGCUUUGGAUGGAGAUGCGACAAUGAAUUCCCAGAUCUUGCUCCAAGAACAGGGAUAUAGACUAUAUCCCAACAUUGCCCGCUUUGCUGCCGCUGCCAUAAUGAGUCAAGUUGACCGCCGACAGAAAGUAAGCACGAUGGACUACUAUUUUGAUACGGACUACAGCUCUGAUCCAGACAAAUUCGAGGUCAAGGAAGUAUUGGUAAGCGUGUCAAUAGAUUAUAUACAGUAG